GGAACCCAGCAGUCAUGCAAACAGCAGCUCUCGUUAAUCGGCUUUUAUGUGCCCAUGAUGGGCGAAUCGAUCUUGAGGACUUGUAUGGUCAGCUGUCUGGACUGUCUUUACAGGACGAAGUAGAAAACGUACUCAAAGACACGGAUAUGUUUGUGACCACUGGGGACAGAGACAAAGUGGUGGUCGCCAAGACCAAGCUGAGACUGUGUAGAGCCAGAGAAUGUCAAGGCUGCAGCAACCUUCACCUGUGUAAGAUGUACCUGUUCGGAGAUUGUCCAUACGACAGAGGAAGACAAGGAUGCCAUUUCUGCCAUGACCUUGGUUCACAGCAUAACAUCAGUGUGCUGCGCCAGCACAGCCUGCUGGAGCUGGACCGCACUGAGCUGUGCAUUAUACUUCUUCAAAGUGACAACACCCUGUUGCCUCCAGUGUGUUUCCCAUAUAACAAAGGCAGGGGUGAAUAUGGGAACUGUCCUGAUAAAGAGGCCUGUAAAAGACUCCACAUCUGUGAGCGCUACAUCAGAGGAACCUGUGAUGACAGCAGUAAAUGCAGACGAUCCCACGACUUCUACGAACCUCAUCCCAUGAAAAACCUCCAGAGCCAAGGUGUGCCCAGUCAGCUGAUGGGGUCAAUGCUGCCAACCUACAGGAACAGGCUUGCAAUCUGGGAUGCUCAUAGUCACAGACUUAGCAGUAGGACCACUUCAGCUGCAGCAGAAAUAUGCUUGUUCCACAUCAAAAACUACUGCAAACGAGAAAACAGGUGUCAAAGGGUGCAUUUCCAUCUGCCAUAUAAGUGGGAAAUUAAUGAUGGACACGGCUGGAAAAUUCUGCCAGGCAGUGAAGAGAUAGAACGAGCAUUCUGCGAUCCUGCUAAGGCGUACAGUGAUGGUAGUGUGCCAGUGUACUUUGACACUAUGACUCAAGGUUUCGCAGAGGUUCGCCGUCUCUCCACUGCUUCUUCAGUGCUGAAUCCCAACUUCAUCUUCACCACCACCUGGGUCUGGUACUGGGAGGAUGAGAAUGGUAACUGGAUCCAGUAUGGAGCUUCACAAGGAGCACACCGCACCCCUUCCAUCACCAGUGAGGAUCUGGAGAGAAAAUUCCAAGAAGACAGCAGCGCCACAAUCGAGUUUACAGCAGGCCAACGUUCUUAUGAGCUCAACAUGCAAGACAUGAUGCAGUACAACAGACAGAUGGGCACCAAAAGGUCAGUUAGGAGGAGACCUGUGUUUCUGUCUGCAGCAGAUAUACAAAAAAUCAAAGCAAGUCAGAAGGAAUCCAGGGGUCCUGCACAGCAUUCUAAAGCUUUGCCCCAUCACUGGGAAAAGACCAACGUGCCUGAAAGUGGUUUCAAGAGAGUUCUCCUGAACAGUACUACUGAUGAGUAUAAGAAGAUUGAUGAGCUCUUUCAUCAGACCAUGUCCAGAUUUCAUGUGAAGAGCAUUGAGAGACUGCAGAACCGGGACUUAUGGGAAGUUUUCCAAUGGCAGAGAGAUGUCCUGAGAAAGAAAACUGCAGGCAAAGAAAAUGAGAAACUUCUGUUUCAUGGAACUGAGUCCAAGCAUAUCGAUGCAAUCUGCCAGCAGAACUUUGACUGGAGAAUCUGUGGAGUACAUGGGACAGCGUACGGGAAAGGGAGUUAUUUUGCCAGGGAUGCCAGGUACUCCCACAGCUACACUGACAACCAGUCUGGAAACCGAUGCAUGUUUGUUUGCCGAGUUCUGGUAGGAGAAUACACCAACGGGCGUCCCGACUAUCUCCGCCCUCCCUCGAAAAAUGGAGAGGACACCGUUUUCUAUGACAGCUGUGUAAACGACAUCAGCAACCCCUCCAUAUUUGUUGUAUUUGAGAAGCAUCAGGUGUACCCUGAGUACUUAAUUCAGUAUGAAGGGGAGGCAGAGACCAGUCCUGAGCAAAUCCUCAUGGGUGAGUUUUCCCAGAUGAAUCUUGCUAGUUUAGAUGAUUUGUCUGGAUCCUGCCAGCUUUCUAGCCACUCUUCAUUUUCAAGCCUUACCAGUGAUGAAGAGACCGUAGAGCCUGUAGACUCAGCUCUGUCUUCUGUCACGGUCACUGGCCCACGAAAAUCCCAUAUUAUUCGUCAUCGCGCAGCCAUUCGAUCAACCUUCACACACUCAAAGACAAAAUCGUUCAGAAGUGGUAUAGCACACCUAUCAACACGCACCCACCUCUCCAAGCUCAUCUCAGUCAGGAAGUCCACCAGCAGAAAGACUGUAGGGCCAGUGAGUCAUCAGAGGUACCUUAGAAAACUUGGUUCUGUGGUGCAACCAAGUAACAUGUCAGUAAAUGACACAAUGCCAGUUAGCAGUCAAAAUGCCACACAAGAGAGCUUUGUUGAAUCAGCUUUGGGAUUAAUUCCUGAGGAUUUGUCUGCAAGCAUGUCAGUUGAUACCAAGCCAUCAAGUUCUGUUAGCAAUCAGAAAGCAAGACAACAGACGUCAAGAUUCACCAGGUCAACUAAAGGGUUAAGUCCUGUGACCUUGUCUGCAAACUUGUCACCUGAUACCAAGAUUUCAAACUCCAAGAGAAAUCAGAAUGCUAGACGACAGAGGACAAAUUUGACCGGGUCAGCUGAUGCCAAGACUUCAAACUCAGGUAGAAGUCAGAAAGCCAGACAACAGAGAGCAAAUUUGACCUCUAAAGAAAGUCCUGUGACUUUGUCUACAGGCUUGUCAAGUGAUAGCAGGACUUCAAAGCCAGAUAGAAAUAAAAAUGCCAAACAAAUGUUGUCAGGUGUACCCAGGUCAGCUACUGGAGAUCUCAAGGCUUCUAAGCCAGUAAGAGGUAAAAAUACCCAGCCAGAGUUGUCAGAUGUGCCUGUGUCUGUGGUUUCUGUGGUUUCAUCUACACACUUGUUAAGAGAAACCAAGACUUCAAAGCCAGUUAGAAGUCAAAGUGCCAAACAAGAGUCAAAUAUUCCGAGGUCAGCUGGAGCAUCGAGUCUUGUGGUUUCAUCUACAAACUUGUCAAGUGAUACCAAGACCUCGAAGUCAGUCAGAAAUCAGAACGCGAGUCAACAGAGGUCCAAUUUGACCAGGUCACCUGGAGGAUCAAGUCCUGUGGUUUCAUCGGCGAACUUGUCAGCUGAUACGAAAACUUCAAAGUCAGUCAAAGCUCAGAAUGCUAGACAACAGGCGCCUGGUUUGACCAGGUCACCUGGAGGAUUAAAUCCAAGCUUGUCAACUCAAAGCAACACUUCCAAGUCAGUUAGAAGUGACAGUGUCAAAACACAGAGAGCUCCGAAUCCUGGUAAUACAUCUAAGACUAGCGCUGCUUCACAAAAAGGUAAAACAGCAGGUAAGGGCUGUAAAGCGAGGCGUUAGUUGUGGAGUGGCACCCGUUUACCCCAAAUUUUUUAUCUUAUUUAGGAUCUGCUAUCACUGAUCUGUUGAAUGAUGGUGUUUUCACCUAUCAGAUAAUUAUACUUUAAGAAAUGACCCAAGCCCCUGCCCCUUCUGUCUCAAAAUUAAUACUGUGCUUUUUGAUGAGCUUUAAUUGCUUAAUAUACUGCUGUGCAAAACCUGAGGAAGCUUUUAGCUGCGUCCAGCCUGAUCACACACAACCACUUUUGUCUAUGUCUGAACUGUUUUUUUAAACUUGUUCUAAUUCCAAAACACUUUAGUGAAGUUGGCUUAAAUUUCAUAGCAUGUGAGACUGUUAAAGUAUACCACUCUUGUUUGUUAUGUAUGGCAGUGUAGAUGUCAUUAUAGAAGUAAUGUAGUUUGAUAGAUGGUUUGUAUUUUUUUUUGUUUGUUUUUAUUGCUUAUAAAAUCAAAUAAGAAAAAAAGUGUUUCAUUAUCUAGUUGAAUAUGUAAAAGAAUCUGCAGAAAGAGCUAUAAGAAUUGCAAGUUUUGAUUUGUGAUUUAUAUCAUGAACUCAUUUACUUUUAAACAGCGAUUAAACAAAUCUAUGCUUUUCAUUCUGUGUGGAGCAAUAACAGAAAAAAACACCAAGGCAAACCAUUGAGGGAGGAUGAGACGAUGUUUUUUGCCUUUGGGAAAGAAAAACAAUUUGGGGCUGAAUUAGCUCAAUCUCAUACUGAAAAUAUGAAAAAAAAAACUUAAAUUGAUGUAAAUUUAGUCUAAGAAUACUCAAUUACUGGCACGUCUCCUGUAGCGAAAAUAUUCGCUAUAGCUACACAAAAAUUUGUAGGCGCUACAGCUUCUAGCUACAAGAUUUAACUACACAAAAAUUUGUAGUUAGCUACAAAAAAGUAGUGCGCUACUUUGCUACUUCCCCAUCCCUGGUAGUAAAGUUUGGUGGAGGAGGGAUAAUGGUCUGGGGAUGUUUAUCAGGGUUCGGGCCCCUUAGUUCCCGUGAAGGAUAAUGUUAAUGCUACAGCAUGAAAAGACAUUUUAGACACUUAUAUGCUUCCAACUUUUUGUGGGAACAGUUUGGGGAAGCCUCCUUCCUGUAGCAGCAUGACUGUGCCUCUGUGCCUAAAGCAAAGUCCAUAAAAGUGUGGUUUGGAAACCUUUGGGAUAAACAGGAACGUCAGUUGCGAGCCAGACCUUCUCGUCCAACAUCAAUGCCUGGCCUCACAAAUCCGUGAAUGAAGUGGAGUGGCAGACAUUAAGCUCCUUGCACAAAGCCUUCCUGUACUCACUCUGCUACCUGCUAUGCUCCAAAGGUAAAGGUAAAGCUGCCAAGGGUUGAGUUUGUGCUUUUAACGCCAUCUUCAUUAUCAUUCACAUAGCCAAAUGUACAACUUAAGUCAGUGCAACUGUAGCGCUGACUGCAGCAUCGCUCUCGUUACACAAAGGUAGUCAGUGUGGAAAAGAAAGAGCAAGAGAGAACACUGAAGCACUGGCUUCCUGCUGGGCACGGCACACAUGCUCUGAUUACACACUCUGAGGUUGUGAUAGCUGUGAGGGUGAGGGGGAAACUCUCAUUAAUGCUGAUGGUUUUAGAAUGGGAUGUCCAAAAAGCUCAUAGUGUAUGUGGUGACUAUACACAUAUAUAUAUAUAUAUAUAUAUAUAUAUAUAUAAUGUAUAUAUACACACACAUAUACGC